UUGCAGUAUCACAUACAACUUUGCUUUCGAGUUCAUUUGUUUGAUUCCUUCAACUUAAAAAAAUAUCAAAAUGUUCAAAUUGUUCAUCUUCGCUUGCUUCCUCGCCCUUGCUGCGGCCAAGCCCGGCGUGUUUCCGGUAGCUUACACCGCACCGGUAGCUGCAGCGUACACCGCACCAGUAGCCGCGGCCUACACCGCGCCCCUCGCCUACUCCGCCUACUCUGCCUACACCGCGCCUGUUGCUGCAUACUCUGCUUACCCAUACGCAUCUCCCUAUGCUGCGUACUACCUUCGUCGUUGGAGCGCACUUCUCAAUAUCACACUAUCACUUACUCUCAAACUCACUUCACUCCAAUCCAACAAAAUGUUCAAACUGUUCAUCUUCGCCUGCUUCCUCGCCCUGGCUGCGGCCAAGCCCGGCGUCCUGCCUGUGGCAUACACCGCGCCGGUAGCCGCAGCAUACACAGCACCGGUAGCCGCGGCCUACACCGCGCCCCUCGCAUCCGCACCUGUAGCCGCGGCCUACACCGCGCCUCUCGCCUACUCCGCCUACUCUGCCUACACCGCACCUGUUGCUGCAUACUCUGCUUACCCAUAUGCAUCUCCCUAUGCCGCCUACUACUUUCUUCAAAAUGUUAGUCUCGAAUUCGGAGCACCACCGCGGCUCUCGAUCAUCUUUGCCGCCCUCUUCGCCGUGGUUGCUGCCAAACCUGGCAUCCACUCUGUUGCAUACCCGGCGGCCCCUGUGGUUGCUGCAGCCUACACUGCCCCAGUUGCCGCAGCCUACAGUGGCCCAUUUGCCGCAGCUUACACAGCCCCAGUUGCUGCAGCAUACACUGCCCCAGUUGCCGCAGCAUACACUGCCCCAGUAGCAGCAGCGUACGCUGCCCCAUUUGCCGCAUACGCUGCCCCCUACGCCUACAGCUCACCAUUGGUAGCGGCCGCUUACAAAGCUCCAGUUGCCUUCCUCAAGUGA